AUGGAUGAUAGUGAUCUCUACGGUGCCCUCCUUUACAUUGUCCUCUACGGUACUUUUCUUCUCCUCUCUGGAAAGGUCUUCUAUGGCUACAUCUAUGGCGUUGCAGUCUUUGGCACUGUUGCCCUGCAUCUUAUCCUUAGUCUUAUGUCGCCCGCUCUUGAUGCUGCGCCACCGACACCGAACGCCGCCGAUCCUAACAACUAUAACCCUCACCACAAACCUUCUAUGUCUACUGGCUCCGUCGGCCAUUUUUCUUCCACUUUGACUUUCCCCCGCUCAGCCAGUGUUCUGGGUUACUGUUUCCUUCCCCUGGUUAUGACUAGUGGCGUUGGUAUUCUGCUGCCUAUGGAUACCCUAUUCGGUUAUCUCUUGACUAUUGCUGCUGUGGGUUGGUGCACUUACAGUUCAUCAGGCAUGUUCUGUGCCGUAGCGCGCAUGAGUGGUAUGCGAGGGUUGGUGGCAUACCCCCUUGCUCUAUUUUAUGUUGUCUUCGGCAUCAUGGGAAUAUUCUCAUCUCGGGGCACAGGCACUCUUGCGGUCAAGACUGGUGCUGCCUAA